AUGGACGCGUUCGUCUCACGCAAGAGGCGCAGGUCGUCCGUUGACCCCAUUGAUCAAGGUCGACCUCAGCGGGCUCCAUUUGAGCAUAGAGGCGAAAAUCAAGACGAUGAUUCGACGGAUGUGAAACUGGCCAUUUUGUCAUCUCUGCACAAUGACCACUCACAAGAGGAACUUCUGGAGGUUCUUCUCAGCUGCGAAGGUUCGAUUGAGCAGACGCUGAGCAUGCUUGCUUCCAGACCCCAGGCUCCAAGUCCCUCCAGGUCGACAAAGUCUGCCACCAUCGGUGUGCAGAGUGCUCUUGCCUUUGCAGGACCUGCUUCUGGCAGAAGCGGUCCCGCGGGUCAGCGUUUGACCAAGAAGGGACGAACGUUACAUCUGUUUCUCCCGAAGGACAUUGCUGCCCAUACGCCGUGCAGCAUCGUUCACAAUUUCUUGCCCCCACAUCUCGCCAAUGCUUUGCUGGAGGAACUCCUUCCAGAGGUUCCUACGUUCUCCUCGGCAACUUUCCGGCUCUUCGACAAUGUUGUCAAGUCGCCCCAUACGGCGUCAUUCUAUCUUGAUCCCACCAUGCUUGCUGAGCAACGCCACACCUAUCUUUACAACGGCUCUUAUUUGUCCGAUGUGCGGGAGCUGCUACCUGUAAUGCGAGAGGUAUCGGCCUUAGUCCGAGAUGCAGUCAACGUCGAGAUUAGUUCGCGAAUCAAAUCACACUAUCCUAAUGGGCAGAAGCUCAAAUACCAGUCACCAUCAACAUGGCAGCCCAAUGCCGCUUUCGUCAAUUGUUACGACGGUCCAGCUCAGUCGGUCGGGUAUCACUCCGAUCAACUGUCUUACUUAGGCCCGCGUGCUGUUAUAGGUAGCCUGUCUUUGGGUGUUGCACGAGAAUUUCGUGUACGCCAGAUUGUUCCACCAGACUCCCCUCCGACAACUCCUGGAUGUGGCCCGUCUGCAGGAGUAGGUAGGCCUCAGGCAGACCAACAGGGCCAGAUUGCGAUCCAUCUCCCACAUAACUCGCUUCUUGUUAUGCACGCAGAAAUGCAAGAGGAGUGGAAGCACAGCGUUGCCGCUGCUCAGUCGAUCGACCCACAUCCGAUCGCGGGUAAUAAGCGAAUCAACAUCACCUAUCGUUGGUAUCGAGAGGAGUUCCAUCCGAGCAAGACUCCACGUUGCAGAUGCGGAAUUCCGACCGUGCUAAAAUGCGUCCAAAAGAAGAGAGAGAGCAGAGGCAAGUACAUGUGGAUGUGUCAGCUCGGUAGCCGCGCCGAAGGCGACGUCAAAGGCAAGAACAAUUCAAACGACGAGCCAAAAGGAUGCGGCUAUUUCGAAUGGGCAGAAUUCACAGAAGAUGGCGAGCCCAUCUGGAAGCACAGAACAAAGAAUGCUGCAACGCCGAGCCACAGCGCACAUGUCGACGCCGCCGCUCAAUCCGAAGCUGACAAGCGGUAA